CCCCAGCACUCUACGUCAGCCAUAUCCUAACGAGUCUGCUGCGAUGUCGACUGCCUCGAGGCGCUCUCAGGGCACCGGCCGGAGAUUUAAUAGCAUCCAGCAGCAGGAACGUCUGCAGCGUCAGGGCUCUGCCUCCUCCCGUAAACGCCCCGUGUCCGCCCAAGAUGCAUAUCUCUAUGCCCUCCGUGUCGCCUACCUCUCCUAUCUCCUCCAACCUCGCCAGAAACGGGUCCAGCAUGUCCCCGCCCCACCUCGUCCGGUGCAGCGAGCGUCGACUUCUGUGGCCGACCUCGUCAAGGACAUCUCCCUCAUAAGAGAUUCGAAGAGCACACGCUUCCCGCAUGGCUUCAUGAACGAGCUGGAUAAGCGGAUGACCGGUGUGUUGAUGGGAAAGGAAAGGAUGCCCGAAUACAAAGACCCCGUCGUGAAACGGACAUUCGCUGUCUUUUUGAACGAGUUCAAAGCACCACAGUUUCGAAAGUCAAUGGAGAAAGACAGGAGAGUGGAGGAUCUGCUUUUGAUCUUCUUCUCAAAUGCAACCAAAGAGCUGCAGAAAGGAAAGCCAGCGGGAGACGAUAGCUGGAAGCUCAUGGUGGAUCGCCACGUCGCCCUCUUCAUUCGACUAGUCAGCUCUACCCUGAAGGAUCACGAUUGGGUACGGGACAGGCCAGAAUUGAGCGCACGGCUGCAGACUAUGGAGAAGAAGCUCCUAGUACAUGACCAAGAUUUGGCCGCGGAGGGCCAGCGCAACGGGGGCGCAGGCGGUACCACUAUUGAAGUCGAGGUGCCCCGUAGCUACGAGGUCAAGGACAUGCCGCUGGUUCUGGCUGUCCAACACAUAUUCGGAAUUUCGUAUGGAGACGUGCAAGCAGACAUCAAUAGAUACAAAUCUGUAUGGACGGAGAAGGCCGCACUGCAAGACCUCAAGACUUACCAAGCCCACCUCAGUCUGAUGAGCAAGAAGACCUUAAACAGCGACGACUUCGACCUCGAGGAUGCUUACGAAGCGUGGAAGAAGUCGGAAGUCCCAGACCUGUCACAGAUGAUGUUGGCUAUUGUGCAGUCGAACCCAGAGCUCGCGAAGAGCACACCCGGCGGAAGUCUGCCUCAGUUUAAGCCAAGCGCCCCCUUGGAGUCUGGAUAUCAUGACCCAUCGAGGAGAGCGUCAGAGCCGAACGAGAAUAGUUCAUCAUACGUAAUCGACCAACCCGUUGAUAUGAGUGGCCUGAACAUCCGCGAUGAGACAUCAAGCGACGACUCUUCAUACACCUUCAUCCCACCUGAUCCCCGAUCAUUUUACCGCGCCAUUGUCAAAGAAGCGCUGACGUACGAUCUCGCUGACGCAGAACUCCAACCUACUGAGGCAACUAGCGAUGCACCUUCUAUUAAACUGCUGUCGAAACAGUCUGCUGAGCUACUUAAUGAGAUUGCACUUCGAUGGCGGUUACCCCAGCCUUCAAGAUUGGUGCUGUUUCUGGAUGUCAUCAAGGAGAAGUAUCAAAACCAAGAAAUCUCCCUUGAUACGCUGGAUGCUGCCUUCAAUUACGUGAAGGAACCUCCAGCAGACAAAAAAUCCAACAGACUUAGCCAGGUGCUUGUUUCGGACUCUCUGUUCGACCGAUCGAAAUGGACAGUCGCUGAUUAUGCUCUUAAUCAGCAAAUUCUCUCUUCUCUCCAUGAUGCUUUACUUAGAGAGCUGUUUCAAUUGAUGCUUCUCGUUUACGACAGUAAAGCACCUCCUCUCGGACCAAUCAUGUAUGUUUUAAACAACCACAUCUACGACGAUGGACUAUUUGCUGCAAACCCCGAGGAUCUGGAUGCCUACUCGGUAGAGCUGCGCCAGGGUCUUCAAGCGCGAGCAGCUGAAGUGUACCGUGACCUACUUAACAAGCAUAUUCCUGACACUAAAGAAGAGUGGGAAUUCUUCCACGUUAUUGAGCUUGGCCGAGCCGUGGUGAAGCUUUGCGAAAGGAUCCAGAAGCGUUAUCGCAAAAACCCCGAAAUUAUGGGGGUCAGCCCAAUGAUGUGUCUCGUGGAGGAGAUGUUUCCAUCGUAUGCUGCAGAUGCUCGAGAUCUGGUAGCCCGCAUCAUGGAUGUGGCUCAGGGGAAAGGAGAGGACGUUCCAGUCCAGGAUGGGUUCGACCUGUAUAAAGAGCUCGUCGAGAUUCGCCGAAUACAUAGCGAUGCUCUCCCCAAUCGACGGUUUGCCUUCCGUAUCGAAGAACUUUUGCAAGACUUUGUGUGGAGGUGGAUUGCGAUGACAGACGAAAAUCUGAUCGGAUGGGUGGAAAAUGCCUUCAAGCAGGACCAAUUCCUUAUUGACUCUCAGAACCCCAUUCCAAUGGAUGAUGAGAGGCACAGCGUGUCGGUUGUCGAUAUCUUCCGGUCGUUUAAGCAGAGUAUCGAACAAAUUGUCUCCCUGAAUUGGGAUGAUGAUCUACAAUACGCCAAGUUCAUGACGGCUGUCUCUAAGUCUGUAGGUUUGGGGCUCGCAAGAUAUUGCGAGCUCGUAGAACAGAAAUUUACCAAAGAGAUGGACAGAUUGACUCCAGAGCAAGAGGCUGCGGCACGACAGACAAGGCAAGAGAAGUGGAUUUCCAUCGCGAAAGAUUUGUACACUGGAAAGGACAACGUCGAGCCGUUUCAGUUUUGGCCAGAGUCCCUUGUGAAGCUCAACAACAUUGAAUAUGCAAUGCUUCAGCUUGACAAGCUUGAACGUGAAGUCAAUGUUGACGCUUGUGCAGACGUCAUUCAAAAGUACGCUCCGCCUCCAACUCAACGUAUCCGCAAACCGGACAAUUAUGUCUUUACCAUCAAGAUCAUCGAGGCUGAAGACCUCAAAGCCUGCGAUAUCAACGGGCUUAGUGAUCCGUAUGUCGUUCUUGGCGAUGAGUACCAGAAGCGUCUUGCAAAGACUCGCGUGAUCUAUGGCAAUCUCAAUCCCCGCUGGGACGAGACGAUUGAUAUCACUACGAAUGGCCCGCUCAAUAUCAUUGCCACUAUUUGGGACUGGGAUACUUUGGGUGACCAUGACUGUGUUGGCCGCACAUCGCUGAAGCUCGAUCCGUCACACUUCAGGGACUUUAUGCCUCGGGAGUAUUGGCUCGAUCUUGAUACUCAGGGUCGACUGCUGUUGCGUGUAAGCAUGGAGGGUGAGCGAGAUGACAUCCAGUUCUACUUUGGAAAGGCGUUUAGGACUUUGAAGAGGACAGAGAGAGACAUGACGCGGCAGAUUACCGAUAAGCUCUCCUCAUUCAUCCAUCACUGCUUGUCCCGCAGAGCACUCAAGAGCAUCUUGUCUAGAGGCAUUACAGUCACAUCAGUAACAAGCUAUUUCCGAGCGGCGCGGCCGCAAUCUGUUGCGCAAGGUCCAACGCAGCAGGAUGUCACAAAAGCGUUGGAGCCGCUGUUCAACUACUUCAAUGAGAACUUUGCCAUCAUGAAGCAGACGUUGACAGAUUCUGCAAUGAUCAUGGUCAUGACACGGUUGUGGAAGGAAGUGUUGGCGACGAUUGAGUCACUUCUUGUUCCACCUCUUUCUGACAAGCUUUCCCAGCAGCGCCCAUUGACGCAACAGGAACUUGAUGUUGUGUUUAAAUGGCUGAAGCUACUGUUCGACUUCUUCCACGCCGCAGACGAAGAAGGCAAUUCCGACGGCGUACCCAUCGACAUCCUCAAAUCACCCAAAUACCACGAACUCCAAAACCUCAACUUCUUCUACUUCGAAUCCACCGAAGACCUUAUCCGGACCUCCGAGUCCAUGGCAGCCGCCAACGCAACCCGGCAACAAGAACAGCAAGCGCGCCUCAACCGCCUCUCGGCACCACCGGCUAUGGGCCACCAAUUUGGCGGCGCUGCAGGGCUUCUAGGCAUGCCGACAAGAAAGCACAAGACUAUCAUGCUGAGUAAGAAUCUAGGGACUAUGCGGAAGGCGAAGGAGGAGAAGAGGAAAGAGGCACAGGCUGAUCCAAACGAUGAUAUGAUUUUGAGGAUUUUGAGGAUGAGACCUGAGGCUGAGAGGUAUUUGAAGGAUCGGAGUAGACAGAAGGAGCGAUUGGCGGCUGCGCAGGCUGCCGAGAUGAUUGUUCGACAAAGCUUGAAUGCGGGUGGUGGCAGGAUGACGGGUACAGGGUUGCCGAGGAAGUUUUAAGCCGGAUAUGUUGCUGCUGGAAAUCCUGUUACAGUUUAUUUUGGCUUGUUUGGCGCCUUUUCCCCAUGAAAGGAUACCUUUGUCUACAUCUCAUGUUUCUUUCUGUUUCUUUAACGUAUUCAGCGGGUUAUGGAUGGGUAGGCACUAGUUUGGACUGGUUUCCUUUAUCGGUGUCGCACCUAAUACUAAUAUGGCGCCUGAAUAGGCGUUUUUUUAUCGGGUGUGGGUGGAGUUUGGUUGGGGAGUUUCUGGGGAUUGUUUUGGGGUGAGGUUUACGGGAUAUGAUUGGGAUAUUGAGAGGGAAUUGUGGUCUUUGGGGAUGGGAUGGGGUACGGUAGCGCAGGUGGGUUAGAAUAGAUGAUAUGAGAAUUUGUUACAGCUUUCGAGGGGUGUGUGCUCCUCUAUUGUUCCUCUUCUCGAAUGGCUGCCGGGGUAAG